GGGACAGAAAACAAUACAAAACAAAACCACCCCCUGCAAACAAACAAACAAACAAACUAACCCUAGCUAGUUUGGUUACCAGCCCCUCCUUCCUUCUGUGGAAACACACAUAGAUCGACUGUAUCUUUGAUCAACUUCAUUCCGAGACCCCCUCAAACCUUGGUGUGUACAGGUACUAUAUACCUUAAGUCAUUAAGGCCUUUGCCAUGUGGGGCUCUGUCCUGAACACCAUUCUCUACUUGUAGGUCCCAGUGUUUCUUCUCCUCUUUAUUAUUAUUUUUUUUUUUUUUGGACUUAAUUUCCAAAAUCUGCCUUUUUGAAACGUCCAAACAGACUGUAAGGUGCACAGGUCAAUCCACUCACCUGCACUCGGCACACUCAGUUUUCUACAUCCUUUUUACACUGAUCCUGACCCAUGUCGUGUGUACUCGUAUUAUAACUCAGAGGUUCGGACAUGUGACAAUCAAGCAUACACACUCUCAGUACAGACAAUACUAUGCUAUAGCAAUCGGCUGGGUGCUCUUCUUGUGGGGGGAGGGCAAAAAGGUGCUAUUUCUACUCAAAACCGAAGCAGUCUAACACAUAAACACACAAGCGGCAGGACUUAAAGCAAAUGGUACAUAUUUUGAUCUUGUCUACUGACUUAAAAUCUAGGAGGUGCUCGCUAUGUUGUCUACUCUUAUUUGACUCUAUUCUAUUUUGUAUAAAUGUUGUAUAAUUUCACUGUACCUACUGAUUCACCUUUAUUUAUUGUGCAGGCCCAAGGGUGUUUUGCACAGUUGAAGGAAAAUAAUAAUAUAUGUCUAUGAAUUUUGAAAUGCCAAAAUUUGUUUUAAAAUUGAAAGAAUUUAUUUUAUAAUAUAUUGCACAUUAGAGAAAUCUAGAAACGCGCUAGAAACAACAAAAGGAAAAAAGCAUUCAGUUGUUGUCCAAAUAAAUCCCAGGUUUUGUUUUGACAUGUCAUUGGUAAUUUGACGUAGCUUCAAGACUCUGCAGUCUUAUAGUUCGUGGUGACAUUAGCAUCUCCAACUGUACAUGGUAUUCUCUAUUUAGCCUUUGUUUCUGUUGUUGUAUAUCUGGACCAACCUUCAACAAUUCAACAAGGUGAACUGCAAGUUCCGCGCUCAUUCUAGCCUCCAUUACAAUAGGCGAGGUUCCCCCGCUCAAAAUAUUUGUUCUGUUUCAGAGCAACUUUCGUAAUGAUUUAUUUAAUAAACUUGUUAUAAUGCACAGUUAAUAAUACGUAUAAAAUUAUAUAGGUAUAUAUUUGCUAUAAAUCUUGACUUAGUGUAACUACAAUAUAAGAAGAUUAUUUUGUUUGCUUAAGCUUUUCUUGUAAAUGUGGUCAAUGAAAGACAGCCAAGCACCAAUGAAAUGAUCAGGAAUGUGAAACAGAAACUGUCUUUUAUUUUUGUUUUGAGUUUUUGUUUUCCUUCUUUAUUGUGCUUACCUUCCUGGGGCCAUCUUUAUCCCAAAAUGAAGAGCAUCUGAAAGUGUUGGCUUCUGAUGCGUAUAUUUUCCACUGCUGUGCUGUGCUGUGCAAGACUGCUGGUUAGUGCAUGGAGAAACCUACAGGAACAACUCAAUGCAACCUCUCAGCUCUGUUAAACAUAACAGCGACAACUUGAGUCCAACAAAACUGUUCUGUACAUAUUUGUAAACCCUGUUUCUUACACUGAUUUUACACUUUGUAAAACCAAAAGCAUUCAGAUCACAACUUCACAACCCAAAUAAACCGUAGAAACUCUUGUCAUUGUCCCGUUUGUGUGGUUAUCUAAUCAAUGGUGCUGUUGCCUCUCUUGUCUCACACCAAAAAUGGAUGAUAUCUUGAUCUUCCUGUAGGCCUAGUACACAAUUGUUGUAUGACGUCAAAUAACAAUCCAGCCCAAAUUCCUGUGGAGUUUCGCGAGUCCCUCUGGGGGGCAGAUAAUGAUGGUUAUUUACCAUUUCCUCUCGGGAAGCAAAAUAACACUGCUUUAUAUGGAUACCCACUGAAUCACAAUUGCAAUGACUCUAGUUCCGUUCUUAUGCCCGUACCACCACACAGAAAAAGACCGUCAAGGCACCCAGUAGUGCUCGCAUCUGUGAGUUGACAUACCAACUGACAGUCUCUCAGCAUCUCUGAAAGUGUUAGACCAUCCUCUCACCUCCGAGCACAUGUGAAAAUGGCCAUAGGAUAUGGGAUUCACACUAGCAGGUUGCUUUUAAUAAUCUCACAUGAAGAACGGCCUCCAUGGAUGAUUAACUGACCGCUCGCUCCUCGUCUCCGCCUCCGCCAUGAUCGCCACCGGCGGGCUCCUGCGCAUCUCGGCCCGGCGGCAGGACUCGCUGCGCUCCAAGAACCGCGCCGAGAACAAGCGCAAGCGGAAAGCCAAGAAGAAGCGCAAGAACGAGGUGGUGGUGGUCAAGGGGAAGCUGAACCUGUGCUCCAUCUCGGGCCUGGUGGCCGCCGUGGGCAUCCUCAUCCUCAUGGUGGGCAUCGCGCUGGCCGUGCUCGGCUACUGGCCCAAGGAGAGCCCGCUGUACCCAGGCCUGCCCACGCCCAAGGAGCCGCCGGCGCCGCCCGAGAAGAGGAUCUACGAGAAGAAGCUGGCCGAGUCGGCGAACUGGACAGUGGCCAGCGGCGGCGGAAAGCUGCUGUAUCACCUGGAGCGCGAUUUGGCCGUCAGCAACAACUCUAAUGGAACAGCGGAGGAGUCGCCCAAGUUGGGCUUCUUCUCCGAGUUUCUGAAGAACCACCUGUAUUCAGACAAGCUGAAGGUGCUUGGGCCACUUAUCAUGGGCAUUGGGAUAUUCCUCUUCAUUUGUGCCAAUGCUGUUUUGCAUGAGAACAGGGACAAAAAGACCAAAAUAAUCAAUCUUAGAGACAUCUAUUCCACCGUCAUCGACAUUCACAGCUUGCGGACUAAAGAGAACGUACCGCUUAAUGGCUUUGUGAACUAUGUGCAGUCCAAAGGAGUGGAAGGCAAACCCAGUGCCAUGUACACAGCUGCUCUGUUGGCAAAGAGCUCAUGGCCGCCCGGUGCUGGUAAGCCAGAUGUGGAGGAUAUGAGCCCGUCGCGACGCCACUCGUUUGGCAAAUUUGAGAGCUGUUCAUUGGACAAGCAGACUUUCACAGACACGGUGUACAGCAUCUACAGGGAGCAGAACAGGACGGACAGGCCGGCCCCGACUCCCAAACAGUGGGAGACAAGGACCAUAGUCACGUCCUCCGUAAACGCCUUCACGCUCCCCAUGAUCAAGCUCAACAACCUGACCAUCGAGAACAGACGGGCCUCCGUCAAAGCGGACAUCGGGAGAGAGAGAGUGGACACGUCCUGCGACAGUCCCGGCCACGGCGGCGGCUGCACCACAGAGGCCAAGGUGGAGACGGGCCACACGCACACGGUGCUGACCCAGGACUCGGUGGAGGUGUACCAGAGCAGCGGCAGCCUCCUGGGGACCUCCCGCAUCUCCCCAGAGGGCUCCCAGGUGCAGUUGCUCCCCUCCUCGCCGGGCCCCAAGGUCACGGGGUCCCACCUGUCCCUGAGCGCCCUGUCGGACUAUUCCCGGUCUAUCGACCUGGGGAUCUGCCCCACCAGCCCCAAGGAGUGGCAGGUGGAGCGCUCGCGGCGCCUCAGUUGCCCCCGGCUCGAGGGCUAUGGUGGCGGGGGUUACAUUAAACUUGGGGACCUGGGAGGGGAGUCCUUUGAGUCGUCUGAGGUCGCACCGUUUAGUCAGGUGACGUCCAUGGAGGUACUGGACAAAGAGCAAACCGAACAACCCUCGGACGAAGAAGAGGGCAGUGCGGAAGAAGUCCAAGACGGCAUGACGAGGCAAUACUCCAACAAAGAGAAACUCAUGAUGAUAUCCCAGUCGGACGCUACUCUGGAGGACGAGGAGAUUGAGAGCUUGGACUAGGGAGAGCAGAGUGUCUGAAUCUGAAAGGGCCAGGGUCAGGUCAAGGUCAGAACUGUCUGAGGCUAUAUGGGAACCUUCAGUGAAUAACAGUAUCUUUGCAAUUAUGGUGUCAUCACCGACCAAGAGUCUCUGGCUGCCCAUUAGAAUACCAUUAAUACUGUAUGUAUCCAAUUUUGUAAUGCCUUCCCAAAAUCUGUUCGCAAUAUCCCACCAUGCAUUGCGGUGAUGUGUUCAAUGACGUGUACAGUGCAGAAUCGAACCCAAAGACUCUCCUUGAUGUUGCAGUUGGUGAAUUGCUUUUCUUGGAGGUGUUUCAAAGCAAAAAAAAAGUUUAAAAGGUAAAUUGACGGUUACAUAGCACAGGUGUAUCCACUAGAUUUACGAGUCUAUGAGUCGUGCAGUUCUGUUUGUGCUUGUCCACUUGUGUGGCUCUGUUUCUCUUGUCAAUGAUUUGAGAGUUGCUGUCUCUGCAGCAUGUGUUUUAUACUGUAGUUCCAUUGCACUUUUUGAAUACCAGAUGAUUUUUUGGUAAAGGUAUUAAUUCAACCCUAGCAAUAUUUUAAUUUGACUUCUCUGAUUGCUUGUGGAGGAAAUACGUUUUGCAUUGACUUGUUGACAAAGUAUGUUUUUUUUAUUACACUUGUAUGUGACUUGCUUACUUUUUUUAGAUUAGCCUUGCUUGUUUAGAGAUCUUUGGUAAAUCCGAGAAAAAAUAUGAGCACAAACACCCUCUUUCUCUUAAGUGAAAUUCAACUUAUCAGGCAUCCUUGAUCCAGUCGGUGUUCACAAAUCAUCCCUAUGUUUGGGGUCUGUGUUUUUUGUAACCCACCCAAUGCUGUACGGUCUGACAGGACACAUGCUUAUAGUACAUGGUUUGGACUCUUCCAGUCACACUUGCUCAACCAAUCCAACUCACAGCAACGCAAAAGGAACAACAUACCCAGUUUGUGCUCUCCUAUCAGUUACAGUACUUACUGUCAACGUCUCUCAGCCAUCACUCUGUCAUAUUAGGGGGCUGCUCUAAGGCAUUGCAUUGAAAGGGAAUUGACUCACAUACAUUAAAGGAAUGGCACGACACUG